CGGCACGGCCUCGAACGCCUUGACCCCGCAAGGGAGGGGGACGAGGCUCCUUUGCUCCCGCAGGAGCGUCGAAUACGUGUGGAAUACGCGUCGGUGUGGAUCUGGUCUCAGCUUCCUGAGCCUGAAUCAAUGCUUCUAAUCACGUGGGCGCUCAGCCGCGACGGGACCACAGAAAUCGACCAGCGGCCUGUUUAAGGAGCGACAAGGCCCAGCCCUCUCCUGCAUUGUGGCGACGCCAUUUCCCUGCGCCCCCAGCGCGGCCGCUUGGCUUUUGUUUGAGGUGACGCUGGGCGGCAGCAUCCUUCCCUCAGCCCUGGGGACCAGCGGGGACUACAGAACCCAGAAGGUUUUGUCUCCAGCCGCAGGGAUGCUGAGCCAAUCCGCGCUGAGAAAAGGGUCGUUUCCGCUUUGGGACCAAUGGGUCGGGGAGGGACUUCCGGUAUCACUUCAGUGGCGGUCAUUUUUGCAGCGCUUGGGUGCAUCCAGACCGUCAGAGCUUUGGGAGCGCUUUGUUUGGCGACAGUCGGAAGGCGCGAGGGGAGGGGUCCUCCCGCUGAACAGUGGGGGUUCUAAGGGUCGGCGGCGGCGGGGUUGACGGCUUUGCCUAGGUCCCUGCGCCCGUAGCUGUCGGGUCCCGGCCCCGCUCUGCCCACAGACUCCGAUGGCUGCGGCCGCGCUGAGGGCCCCGACUCAGGUGAGCGCUGCCUCUACUGGGCCUCACCCUCCAUCCCCAAAUUAGUGCCUUCUUGGGUCACUACGGUCGAGAUCCUCAUGUCCAGUACAGUGGGGGCUCGUGGGUGGGGUCCCUAUUUCCAGAACUUGGGUGAUGGGGCACGGAAGAGGGUGACAGGCAAAGGGACCAGCGUUUCUAAACUCUUGGAGACACAGUGAAGAAGGUUCAUACCUGGAGUGCCAAGGUUACUGUAUCUCCAGAAACACAUAUGGACCUCACAAAGGGCUGUGUGACCUUUGAGGACAUCGCCAUUUACUUCUCACAGGACGAGUGGGGACUUCUUGAUGAGGCUCAGAGACUCCUGUACCUUGAAGUGAUGCUGGAGAACUUUGCCCUUGUAGCCUCACUGGGUUGUGGCCAUGGAACAGAGGAUGAAGAGACACCUUCUGACCAGAAUGUUUCUGUAGGAGUGUCACAGUCAAAGGCAGGUUCAUCCACACAGAAGACUCAAUCCUGUGAGAUGUGUGUCCCAGUCCUGAAAGAUAUUUUGCAUCUAGCUGAUCUCCCUGGGCAGAAACCAUACUUGGUUGGAGAAUGUACAAACCAUCACCAGCACCAGAAGCAUCACAGUGCAAAGAAAUCCUUGAAGAGGGACAUGGACAGAGCCUCAUAUGUGAAGUGCUGCCUAUUCUGUAUGUCAUUGAAGCCCUUUCGCAAAUGGGAGGUUGGAAAGGACCUUCCAGCCAUGUUGGGGCUUCUGAGGUCCCUGGUCUUUCCUGGAGGCAAGAAACCCAGCACAAUUACUGAAUGUGGGGAGGACAUUCGCAGUCAAAAAAGUCAUUACAAGUCAGGUGAAUGUGGGAAGGCUUCCAGGCACAAACACACUCCUGUUUACCAUCCAAGAGUCUACACUGGAAAAAAGCUUUAUGAGUGUAGCAAAUGUGGGAAAGCCUUCCGUGGCAAGUACUCACUUGUUCAGCACCAGAGAGUCCAUACUGGAGAAAGGCCUUGGGAGUGCAAUGAAUGUGGAAAAUUCUUUAGCCAAACCUCCCACCUGAAUGAUCAUCGGAGAAUCCACACCGGAGAAAGGCCUUAUGAGUGCAGUGAAUGUGGAAAAUUAUUUAGACAAAAUUCCAGCCUUGUUGACCACCAGAAAAUACACACUGGAGCAAGGCCUUAUGAGUGUAGCCAGUGUGGGAAAUCCUUUAGCCAAAAAGCCACCCUUGUUAAACACCAAAGAGUUCACACUGGAGAAAGGCCUUAUAAGUGUGGUGAAUGUGGGAAUUCCUUUAGUCAAAGUGCCAUUCUUAAUCAACACCGAAGAAUUCACACUGGAGCAAAGCCUUAUAAGUGUGGCCAGUGUGGGAAAUCCUUUAGUCAAAAAGCUACCCUCAUUAAACACCAGAGAGUUCACACUGGAGAAAGGCCUUAUAAGUGUGGUGACUGUGGGAAAUCCUUUAGUCAAAGCUCCAUCCUUAUUCAACACCGGAGAAUUCAUACUGGAGCAAGGCCUUAUGAGUGUGGCCAGUGUGGAAAGUCCUUUAGCCAAAAGUCUGGUCUCAUUCAACACCAAGUGGUUCACACUGGAGAAAGGCCUUAUGAGUGCAACAAAUGUGGGAAUUCCUUUAGCCAAUGCUCCAGCCUCAUACAUCACCAAAAAUGUCAUAACACAUAGAGGCCUCAUGAAUGCAGCAAAUGUGGAAGCGCCUUCAACUCAAGAUCUAUCAUCAUUUAGCUCCUGAAAGUCCACACUUAAGUAGAGCCUUAGACCUACAGGGAAAGUGCUGUCUCUGUAGUAUUGUAGCAGUAGAGAGCCUUGGUGAGGGAGCCAUCUGCCUGAAGUUGAACCUCAUUCUUCCUUGUUUCUCUGGUAGAAACCAUCUACCCUCUACCACCUUGCACAGUGGGCAUUGGUCACCCCUAUGUGCUAAGACAAGGCAGACAUCUGUGUGUUCUCUUAAGUCUUUGGAGGAAAUCUUGAGCAAUCUAAGCCUUUAGAGAAAAUUCAUUCUUUUUUCUGACUGAUCACAGCAUACGUGUGACCCAGUUUUGGUCAGGAGGGCCCAGCCUUGGUUCUGCUGGACACUUAUGUGCAAGGAUUCCCUUCAUGUAAAUUCUUGGUCUCACAUGACACUUGGUCAUUCUUCCAGCCUCCAAGUCACCACGUGGUGAAUGGCUGCCUCACAUUGCUCCAGUUUGUGCACUAAUAAAAGCCUUAUAUUUGAAUCUACCUGUAGUCUUGGGGUUCUGUUUACUGUGUGGGGUGGCUGGGAGAUAGACUUCAACUCUAUAUGAAGGAAUGGAUGGCUUUUGUGGGCCUCUGCAGGAAAGUAAGAUGACAGAGUAAUUCUAAUUCUGGUUUUGGUCAUACUUGCUUUGCUACCUAAAAUCUCCUAGGAAAAAAUGCAAGGUUUUGGUUAUUCUAAUUUGUGGCCUGGAUCCCUAUUCUUUCUGUGAGACUAGAGGUCAUCCUGAGGAGAGGCCAGCUGUUACGACAAGCACGUGUGCUUCAGGGAAUAGGACAAUUUUAUUCCAUUGUGUCCAGAGGAUGUCAUAUGAUGCCCAGUGCUGCUGAGAAGCUUUUCAUGGGGUUCUAUAAGGAGACACGCCCUGAUAUCAAACAUUCCAUAGGCCAAUGUCACACAGAAGACAACGGGAGUCACAUGUGAACUGUAAUUGGUACAGAAAUACCUGGGUAUUUCUGUACUGUGUGUACUGUAGCAAACUAGUUGGAAUGUGCCUCUUAUAAAAGUACAUUUACAAAUCUUCCUGUGACUGUGGCUUUGAGCAGUCAUAGGACCUAGAAAUCUGUGUAUGUCCAAUAGCUGAGGUUAUUUUCAGCAAAAAUAAUUAAAGGGUUUUAUUUUUUAAUUCUUGUUGGUUUUCUAGGUUGUUCACCUCAAGUGCAUUGCUGUAGAGGCAGAAAAAGGAGGAUAAAGAUAACAGAAGUCCUAUAGGCCAGGGAUGUAUUGAUAGCUCUUGUGAUUUCCACCAGUGUUGCUGUUGUCUCAAAUUGCCACAGCCUUCAUUGCUUGCCAACAUUUCCUGCAUGGAGGGACUCAUGGUUGCCCUUCCCCAGGCCUGAAGAGAGAGUGCAGUCAACAUGAGAUUGCUAGGCAUUCUGGUUUCUGAAAGUUGGGUGAUCAGAUACUUUAUUUUGAAACGUUUUACAAACUUUCUUGAUGUGUAAGUGACAUGCCAUAGUUUACAUCCAUUGUUGGUGUAUAAUUUGAAGAGUUUGUCAUACAAGCCUGUGAAACCAUCAUAAUCAUGAUCAUGAACAUAUUCAUGAUUCACCUCUUGCUGUUUUACAAUCUCUGCGUGUACUUUCCAGGCCUUCAGGAGUCCUGUCAUUUACUUUCCCUACAGGAGAAUAGUUUGUGUUUUCUAGGAUUUUAUGUGAAUUGAAACGUAAAAUACUCCAUUUUUCCUGAUGAUGCACAAUUUUUUUUUUUUUUUUUUGAGAUGGAGUCUCACUCUGUCACCAGGCUGGAGUGCAGUGGCACGAUCUUGGCUCACUCCAACCUCCUCCUGGGUUCCAGCGAUUCUCCUGCCUCAGCCUCCUGAGAAGCUAGGACUACAGGCAUGCACUACCACGCCCAACUAAUUUUUGUAUUUUUAGUAGAGAUGUGGUUUUACCAUGUUUGCCAGGAUGGUCUUGAUCUCUUGACCUCGUGAUCCGCCCGCCUCAGCCUCCUGAAGUGCUGGGAUUACAGGCGUAAGCCACCACACCAGCUGAUGCACAAUUACUUUUAAGAUUUAUCAAUAUUGCUUAUGUGAAUAGUUCAUUUGUAUUGCUGAGAAAUAGUCUGUGGAUAUGUCACAAUUUGGAUAAACAGUUGGAUGCUUUCCAGUUUUGGGCUGUUGCAAAUAAUGCUACUAUGAACAUAGGCAUAUAACUCUUAAUAUGCAGAAAUGCUUUAUUUCUCCUGUGUCAGUAGUACAGUGUACGUGAAUGCAUCACUUUUAAAGACACGGCCAGACUAUAACCUAACUGUACCAUUUGCAUUCUCAUCAACAGUAUGUGAACCUUCUUAUUUCUCUACAUUCUUGCCAUACUUGGUAUGGUUAGUCUUUUUAAUUUUAGUUGUUUUAAUAGCUGUAUAAUAGCAUCUGUCUGUGAUUUUAUUGCAUUUUUCUGGUAUUUUAUGGUAUUGAACAUUUGAACAUCUUGUAUCUAGUUGCCACCUGUAUAUCCUCUUUGGAAGAAUGUUUAUUAAUGUCUUGCUUAUUUUUAAAUGGAUGUUGGUGAUACUUUUUCAUUAAUAAAUAGACGUAUAACAAA